AUAAUUUGGAACGUUCCAACAGGAAAUCUGUUCUAAAAAAGUAAAGUACAAGGUUGCCAACAAACAACGCAUACGAAGUAGCACGAUCAACUCACCACGUAGCUUAUUCUCAAUGUUUGUCUAUGGGCUACCAGAGUGAGGACAGACAUUUUCGGAAUAAACGUGGUACAUCUGGAAAACCAGCUGAGGGGGCGACGUUAGAGGAAGACUGGAUGGAGAUCUUUGAAAACCUCAAAAAGAAGAUGAGGGAUGAUCUUGUGAGUUUCAGGCCUAAAGUAGCAUCCUUUAUUUCCAGCUUCAAGAAGAUGAAAACAGACAGUGAACUCAUAUGAACUAUCAAACUUUGGCAAAACCAACCCUGGACCAACAGCAAAGUUUCGCCAGGGACACGCACGCCCUGCAAAGAGCUCCAUAGGAGAGCGUGGACAUGGCACAUGCUGCUGGAAGAGGAAGGCACCCCAUUGAAUGUCUGUGUGUGGAAUAACACAUGGACAUAGGGAGUACUACACAAAAAAAGCAAGUCAACAUCAGUGGCCCCAUGUGCCCAUCAUCCACCUGCUCACCAUCUGUGACCUUCAGUGCACUAGCGCUCUGCCCUCAAACACCCCCCAUCUGCCUACCAGCUCUGCCCUCAAACACCCCCCAUCUGCCUACCAGCUCUGCCCUCAAACACCCCCAUCUGCCUACCAGCUCUGCCCUCAAACACCCCCCAUCUGCCUACCAGCUCUAGGUCAACUCUGCCUUGAACAAAACCAGUGGCUAUUUCAAUGCAUUGUGGCCUCUACAACACUAGAACCAGUGGCUAUUUCAGUAUUGCAUUCUUGCCUUUUGGUUUUUACGUUCAUUCAAUGCAAGACGUUUCUGCAAUUGAAUAUGUUUUGGAAAUUGAUUCCAUGUUGAUGGACCAUCAGACUUUAAAAAGCUGUUCUUCCAACCCAGUUGUAGAUCUACAGGCCUAUACUAUCACUGAACCAAAACAGUAGUUGUCAUGACUUUGCCGAGUCUUAAAUAUAAAAUGCUUAUUUAUAUUUUUUUAUAUACCGGUGUACACUACCAUUCAAAAGUUUGGGGUCAUUUAGAAAUGUCCUUGUUUUUGAAAGAAAAGCCCCAUUUAAAAUAACAUCAAAUUGAUCAGAAAUGCAGUGUGUAGACAUUAUGUUAUAAAUUACAAUUUUUAUUGUCGAUUUUUUAAAAUAGAAUAUCUACAUAGGCGUACAGGCCCAUUAUCAGCAACCAUCACUCCUGUGUUCCAAUGGCAUGUUGUUUUAGGUAAUCCAAGUUUAUAAUUUUAAAAGGUUAAUUGAUUAUUGCGUCUUCCCGAAACAUGACCCGCCAAACCGCACUUCUUAACACCCACCCGCCAGCCACACCAAUGUAUCGGAGGAAACACUGUUCAACUGACUACCGGGUCAGCCUGCAGGCACCAGGCCUGCCACAACGAAUCGCUAGAGUGCAGUGAGCUUAGUAAAGCCGCCCCUAAUCCGAUCACGCCCGGGUUGUGAUACAGCCUGGGAUCAAACCCGGGUCUGUAGUGACGCCUCUUGCACGGCAAUGCAGUGCCUUAGACUACGGCGCAACUCGGGAGGCCUUAUAUAUAUAUAUAUAUAUAUAUAUAUAUAUAUAUAUAUUGUGUGUUUGUGGUAUGUGGACAUUAGGACUUGGUUAGUAAAUAUACAAAUGUAGCAUUACAGUAAAUGUGUACAGAAAAUAAGUCGGCACACCCUAAUGUCCUCUACAUUAGACAUUUAUAAACAAGCUCUUAUUUAAUGUGAAGAAAUUAUACAACUUUUUGAAAACACCCCAAGCUAUUCCUGAGAUACUUCCUUAGUAAAAACUAUUUUAAUUUCAAACUCACAAAAAUUGUAAUUACACACACACAACUUCGUUUUACCAUAAAAUGUGGUAAUUGUGAUUGGCAGCCAAUUUGAAGAACCAGUAAGAGAAAGUUAGCAAAUUCACACGCCGAAACACGUGAUAUCAUUGAAAAGCCCUGAAACUCUCAAAUGUGCAACAGGACUGAACAAAGUUUUUUAUUUUUUUUAAAGUAUGACGUCAAUGAUACGGACCAAUAAAUAAUGUUCAUUGGUGUGGACAAAAAUGAGUUGCUGGGUCUCAGUAAAUGAGACAUAUCGUGGGGAACUUUUAUUUUGAAGUUGUGUUACACUGGGCUUUUAAACACGGCUCGUGCAAUCCAGUAUCCUUGGAAGGUCCCUACCUUAAAACACAGAUAUAACAAACAUAUUUGCUAUCCUUGCUAAAACCCUAACCUUAAACCCAAAUCCUUACCUCAUUUUCACAUUCAAUGGUGUUGAGACGUCCCAACUAGCCUAAAUAGUACCUUCCUUACCCAAGUUGUCAUGGUGACGACGUGUGUUUGAGGACGGACACGGACUUGCAGCAAGAGCAUCAGGCUACAGCACAAACAACAUACCAACCACAACGUCCUGAUAUUAAGAUUGUUCAUCAAAAUAAUACUAGCUAGCUAACCUAAAGCUCAGGAUGGAUGAUUCUCCUGAGGUUUUAAACUUCUCAGCGCUGGAGCGGGAGUUGCAGUCUGCUGUAGAAGCAGACAAGAAAUAUCAAAGAGAAAAUGAUGCAAAGUUCCGUGCUCUACACCAGAAGGUCGGAACGUAUGAGGAGUUUAGGGACAUAGUCCUGGCAUCCCACCUGAAACCACUGGACAGGAAGGAUAAAGCUGGAGCUCCUCGCAAACAGCCAUGGAAUGCUCUCGCCUCCACUGACAAAGGGCAGAACCAGACUAGCUGUGAUGGAAUAGGCCUAAAGCCUCAGUUGUCCGAGUUCCAGCCCAGGACAGCAUCAGAGUUCAGCCGGGACUGGCGCAGGUUCGGCACUGAAAACCCAGAAGAUAAAUACAGCCUCCUGCUCUCCCUAGGUGGAGAGGGCCUUCGGAACAUCUUCAGGGCUGAGGUGGGGUUCGGACUACUGGGGGAAUUUCUUGUGUUCCUUUCCAGUGGUCUCCAGCCUGGGGAUGAGGCCAUGGUGAUAGGGAUCCUGGAGGGGCUGUCCAAGACCCCCAGGUUUGGCCUCAAUGUGUGCCUCCUGAGCCGGGCUGAGAGAGAGGCAUGUGGAGAACUGUUUCAGAACCUGAGGAAAGCAUCAGCAGCAGGGAAUAGCAGUGUCAAAGGAGCCAAAGGGGAUGUCAUUGUCCAUGGAAGUAAUGUGGAAGAGAUUAAAGAGGCACAAGAUGCUGAGCCAGAGACUCUGUUUCCAGGACAGACCAGCGAGGCUGCCGGAAGAAGCAGUGAUACUGAAACUUUAAAUGGUAUAAUGCAGUUGUAUGGGGUUCAAACGGUCUCUCCUCCUCAGUAAGAAACAUU